UCAUGGAAUCCGAUGCAAAAACAAUGGCAUCCCACCCAGCUCCUUUAUUCUUCCUUCAACACGCAUAAAGCAUCCCACCAUGCGAAUAUUUCCACGCCCACUCAAUUAUUAGUUUCCGGAAGAAAUGUGGCGGCGGGGCGCAGUGGAGACCAAGAACGUAUCGGCGCACGCGGUGGAGCAUGAAAUCCAGCACCCUUAUGCGUUCAACGUCUCCGGCCCUCGCAACGUCCCUUCCAUCAAUUGGAGAGACCUCAUCAACUCCACCUGGAAGGAUGCAAACUACAAGAGGACAGUGAUGGCCUGCUUCAUACAAGCAGUGUACCUACUGGAGCUCGACCGCCAAGAAAGCAGAAGCCUGGCUCCCAAAUGGUGGAAGCCCUUCAAGUACAAACUCGUCCAGCCCCUUAUAGACCACCGAGACGCCUCCAUCUUCGGCGCUGUCUUGGAAUGGGAUCGCGCCGCCGCCCUCCAAGACCUAGUGGUCAUGAAGCCCAGCGGCGCCCCUAAGGCUGUGCUUGCUCUCAGAGGCACUCUCCUCAAGGCUCCCACCAUGAGGCGCGACAUCCAGGAUGAUCUCCGUUUCUUAGCUUGGGAGAGCUUGAAAGGCUCAGUGAGAUUCACCACAGCCCUCACCGCUCUGAGUUCCCUCUCUCAAAAGCAUGGCGCUGCUAACGUGGUCAUCGCGGGGCAUUCGUUGGGUGCUGGCUUUGCUCUGCAGGUAGGGAAGGAGCUGGCCAAGAGAGGGGUUUGUGUGGAGGCGCAUCUGUUCAAUCCGCCCUCGGUUUCGUUGGCUUCGAGCUUGAAAAGUGUGGGGGAGAGGGCGGGCGUGGCGUGGAGAAUGCUUAAGUCUGUGAUUCCGAUGAGAGGUGGUGGUGGUGGGGAUGCUGAUGUGGCGAGAUCGGUGGAGACGGAGGUGAAGCAGGUGUGGAUGCCGCUUUUGUAUGUGAACAACAGUGACUAUAUAUGCUGCUAUUAUAGUGAUGGAGGUGGGGCGGAGGUGAGUGGUGGUGGUGGUGCAAAGAUGUUUGUGGCGAGCAAGGGGAAGCAGAGCUUUGUGGAGGCGCAUGGGCUGGAGCAGUGGUGGUCCGAUGACUUGGAGCUGGAGAUGGCCAUUAAUAAUAGUAAGCUUAUUAGUAGGCAGCUUCAAUCUUUGUAUAAAGACUAUCCAUGAUUUUUAUCUUCAUUUUUGCAACUUCAA